GUGGUCUAUUUCUCUGUCCCCUACUUCAUGCUGUUCAAGUGGGGUCACUCUCCCCGGGGCCAAGGAGGGCAUCCUUUCUACAUCACCCUGACUUCAACAAACUCCCAAGUGUGGCUGGACGCUGCCACUCAGAUCUUCUUCUCCUAUGGACUGGGUCUGGGUUCGCUCAUCGCCUUGGGAAGCUACAACUCCUUCAACAACGAUGUGUACAGGGAGCUAACGCACAUCUUCAGGGACUCCCUCAUCGUGUGCUGUAUAAACUCCUUCACCAGCAUGUUUGCGGGCUUCGUCAUCUUCUCCAUUGUGGGCUUUAUGUCGUACAUCACCAAGAAGCCUGUCCAGGAACUAGCUGCCUCCGGCCCAGGCUUGGCGUUCUUGGCCUACCCCCAGGCCGUGACUCAGCUGCCCAUGUCCUCCCUGUGGGCCAUCCUGUUCUUCUCCAUGCUGAUGAUGCUGGGGCUAGACAGCCAGUUCUGUACUGUGGAGGGCUUUGUCACAGCUCUGAUGGAUGAGUUCCCCAUGGUGCUGAGGAAGAGGAAGAAGGUCUUUAUCCUCGGCGUCUGUCUAAUCUCCUUCCUCAUUGGCUUCUCCAACAUUACACAGGGUGGUCUGUACGUCUUCAAGCUGUUUGAUUACUACUCUGCCAGCGGGAUGUGCCUCCUCUUCCUCGUCUUCUUCGAAACCAUCUCGAUUUCCUGGUUCUAUGGAGCUGAUAAGUUCUAUGGGGACAUUGAAAAGAUGAUCGGCUAUCGGCCCUGCGGCUGGUGGAAGCUCUGCUGGAAGUUCUUCACUCCGGCUAUCUGCCUGGGAGUGUUUACCUUCAGUGCCAUUGAGAUGACCCCCCUGACCUUGGGGAAGUACGUGUACCCGGCGUGGGGGCAGGGGAUUGGCUGGGUCAUGUCUCUGUCAUCCAUGGUUCUUGUGCCAGGCUAUGUCAUCUACAUGUUCUGCACCUCCAAGGGCGGCAUCAAACAGCGUUGGCACAAGAUGACCACCAGCGCACCUUGUGAACAUGCUGGCGUCACACACCAGAAUUCACACACAGGAAGUGUGGGCGAAGCCGCCGUCUAACUGGGAAUAGGAUACAGUUGACUCCUGGGCCCCGAUCUAAGGUCGGUUUAGCGUUUUUCUCCUAAUGGUUAAAAUGAGGAGUUUUGGGUGGGUAAACCGAUUCCUAGAUCUGUUCCUACAGGCAACUUCCACCCAGAAUUCCUGACUAUGCCAGACACCUCGUCAACACAGGGGUGUAUUCACUAGGAACCAAAUGAAAGCCAACAGAAGCAAACAGAAUGAAACGGGGAGUGACCUACCUGAAUUUGUCCAAUAGAAACUCUUGUUACCGUUAGGAGUGAACGAUUUCCGUUGCGAAAUGUUUUACAACUAUUUGCUACGGUCUUGCUCUAAUGAAUACACCCCAGUAUUCAGACAGAGAGAGGCAUCAUGGGAGAUGCCCUGGCCAAAAUGCUUCCAUUCCAUAUGUAUCCUCUGGAACUGAAUGGUCACAAAAUAUAAUGGACUGUAUUAUUGACCAAUACAAUGUUUUUUCUUCUGUGGUACACCGCUGUAUACAAUUCAUAAGGUGACACCAUGUUUUUCAGAUCUAUACGAAGUCAUUGUGCCCCACUUUGGCUUACAAACAAAUACAAAGCAUUUUGUAAAGUAUCUGAAUAAAUUGAAAACAUGUUAUUAUUAUU